UUGCAGUAGUGGACCAGUACACAUACCUCGGAGUAGGUAUCGCAAAAGACUGCUCGUGGAAUGCACACAUGUCCAAGGUAGCGGAAAAGGGCAAAGCACGAGCAGGGAAGCUGCACCCAAUACUCGCAAACCGACACGUCGAUACACGCAUCAAAUUGACGGUUUUCAAGAGCGUCAUCGUACCGCCGCUAGAGUACGCCGGAGAAUACGCCGGAGAAGUAUUGGAAGGAAAUAAGAAGGUAGUGAAAGAACUCGAGGCGACGCAGAGCAGCGGAGCGAAAAUCAUCCUAGGAUGCUCCAGGCGCACAAGUAAUGCAGCCGUGAGGGCAGAAUUGGGGAUCCAAUCCCUACGGUCGGGAAGAGACGCGAGGAAGCUGACCUGGCAGUAUCGCAUGUGCGGGAUGGGAGAGGAGAGGUUGCCGAGAAUUGUAUGGGAGGCGAAGUGGGCAAACAAAAAGAGGGGUAGACAACCCACGGAAUGGGUCAAGGUUGUAGAGGACGUAUGGAAGGGGCUCGACAUCGACGAAGAUGAAUCGCUGGAAACGGAGGGUCUACAAGGGUUCAAGGAGAAGAUAGCUGUUGCCUGUGCCGAGAGAGAAGAACAUAGUCUAAGGAAAGAAACCGAGGAUAAGGAGGGUCUAGACUAGAAGUAUACGGAAUGUUGAAGGAACAGGGUUCAAAGAUUACCUACAUGGACCAACGUAUGCAGGGACAAAGCUUAAGGUCAAAUUCAGGACCGGGGACAUGGGCCUUCGAGAACGUCGAAGAAGAUAAAGGACGGUAAACGACGAAGACGACAACUUUCAAAUGUGAUGGCGGCUUCGAAUGCGAAGGCCGUGUUCAUGUAGUCGCGUAAUGUCAGUGGUACAAGAAGGAGAGGGGAGUGAACAUGACUGAGCAGGGAAAAAAAGAAGGGACGUACAGGGAGAUGUUUGAGGCAUGGAGUAGAGAGGAAAGGACGGUAGCUGUACUGGGGAGUAGGAAGUGGUUUGAAAUGGCGGGAAGGGAUGUCGUUGGGAUUGACAGACUAGGGAAGACAUUUUUGAGCCACCUUUGGCAAAGUAGAAAGGAACGAUUGGCCAUCGGUGAUCGGUCCUGCGGGAACAAUGCUCCGUCCUCUCGAGGACGCGUGGUCAAUGGUCUAACCGCUAAGGCAUGCAAAACAUGAGAGUACGCCCCCCCGCCCCCCCCCCACCCCACCCCUUAAAAACUACCCCCGGCAAGCGAAUCACGCUCACGGUACAUACCGCGGAGCUCCUCGUCCCCUGACGCCCCCUAAUCCGGCGACUCGUCCCCCUUGAUACCCGGUUGGCUGGUGGCACUGCCCGUGUUUCCCUUAUGCAGCUGGUUAGAUGGAACGGUGCAACGGUGACAAUUGUAGGCAAGUGGGAGGUCGGAUAUACUUUCGAGACACACGUUGCGAGCGAGAGGCCUACAUAGGCAACGUGUCCCCUGCCCGGGUUCGCGAGGGUUUUGGGGGUCGAACCCACAACAUCAAUCUUCAUCUCUAGGUCGCGGCGAAAACAUGACGUAAGAAGGGAAGACCUCAAUCUUCAUCACUAGGUCGCGGCGAAAACAUGACGUAAGAAGGGAAGUCCGACCUACUCGAAAGAAAGAGACGAUAUAUGACAAAAACAAGGAACAAGCUCACCUUUUGCACUCGCACCACGCUUUUGUGGCACUCGCAGCACUUCUGUUGGAGAUCCUUGUUGAACCCCUGGUAGCAACGCGCCCUGCACGCCCAUGGAGGGCACCUAUCCUCCAGGCAGAGUCUUUUCCUGGUUUCCGUAUGAAGGCAAUCUACCAAACGCGGAGCACAGGCGGUUUAGUGUGGUCCUUGUCCGCGCACGUCUGCCAACUCCUAUGCCACCGCUGGCAUUAGGGGCACCAACUCCCGUUCCUGGUGAGGGUUGCACACCGCCUCUCCCGCGGCCGCUCGCUCCUGCAGCGGGACCAGCCCCCCCUACUUGACUACCGCUCCGCCCAGGACGUUGGCCGCCGAUGCCGGCACCACUACCUCUACCACCGCUUAGAGUGAGCGCAGGUCUGCCGCCUCCUCUGCCGCCGCUGGCGUAAAGGGUACCAACUCCCGUUCCUGGUGAGGGUUGCACACCGCGCCGCACAGCGACUCGGCCGUCGACACCACCCCUCCCGCGGCCGCUCACUGCAGCAGCGGCACCAGCCCCCCCUACUUGGCUACCGCCCCACCCAAGAACGUGACCGCCGACGCUGACGCUGACACCACUGCCUCUACCACCGCUCAGAGCGCUCAUAGCAGACCCACUUUCUUGGAUACCACCCCCCACAGGACCUGGACCCCAAGCUGCGCAAGAUAGAGCAAGUAGCAUGUCCUGCUGCAUGAGUCCCACACCGCUCGCUGUUGUUCUUGGAGCAGGCAGAGGAGGUGCUGAUGUUUCACUGGAAACUGCCUGCUGUACUAAACUGGCAGUGCUAGACAGUUCAGCGCUACGGUGGUUGACCUUCCCUACUU